GUUCUUCUGGCUUCACAUAACCUCUACCAAAAGGAGUUUUCCACAGCCUCCUCUACCAAAGGAGUUUCCCACAACUACAAGUUCCCACGACGCGAACUACGAGAAUCUAAUACCCACUUCAUUUUUCUACUCCUCAUCUAACUAUUAAACUCUACGACUAAGUAAGUAGAAGGAAUCAAUAAAAAACAAUCACGAACAAUUCUUGCGAACACAAUGACAGCCGCGACUGUUCUCCUAGCCACCGAGAAGCCGUUCGCGGCUGGGGCCGUGACAGAGAUUGAAAAGGUCUUAGCUUCUGCAGGAUACUCUAUGGAAAAAUUGGAAAACUACACAGAAACCUCCGAACUAACUACUGCCCUGGCGAAGGCAGAUGCCGUGAUUGUCCGCAGUGAUAAGAUCAAUGGUAACUCUAUGCGGACGUAGAAGUGCAACAUUCUUAUCUAUCAUCUCUCGUCAUGAGGAAGAUGUUUGUAGGUACGAUCAUGAUUUGAUGUUCCGAAUCCGAUUUCUCACGUCAAAAAGGUGAAAUCCUGGAUUCUGCGAAGGGUAAAUUGAAAUUGGUUGUGCGAGCUGGAGCCGGCGUUGACGCUAUCGAUUUGAAGGCUGCGAGUGAGCGAGAUGUUGUGGUGAUGAACACUCCGGGACAGAACAGCAAUGCAGUCGCGGAACUUGCUUUUGGUUAUGCAGCUGGACUCUCUUGUAAUUUAGUUUUGUGAGAAGUUUGCUGCUUGUGUCGUGUUGGAAGAUUUCGAUAGCUACACAUGAUAGGCAUAGUCAUGUCAGAGCACGUGCUCAUAAGACAUUAAAGCCGUUUGUCAGAAACUAGUUCUUGAAUACGUAAGUUUUUAAUGUUCGACGGUUGUUCCUAGUCCUACAAAAAGAUGAAUCUCGCCCUCUUUGGUAUCUCCUUAUGAUCGUACUGACUUAGUAUUUGGACGACAGCUCUAACUUGCGAUGAUGAUUACGCAGAUGAGGAACCAGUAUGACGGAAGCAGUGGGACAGAGCUUAAGGUACUAUUUUUAAAGACAAUUUUUGAAGCGGGGGUCGCUCGGAUUGGCGUCGCCUGCGUUCUUUUGCUAAGAGUUAGCACCGGCACGAAAGCGAGCGUGGGCGGUGGAAUCCUUCUGCGGGCACGGUGCCUGCUAAUGGCGCUAAAAUGCACGCGACGAGCGUGCUCACGGGUAAGGGGCGCGCGGCGUGGUGCGAUCGGCGAGGCGAACAGAGUCGGCAGAGUCAUAUAGCUGGGCCAACGAUGCCACUUUUCGCGCUUACUACUCGCGCGGGCCGAAGGUGCCGCGUCCGUUGUUUGUGUGCUCCACUGUGCUUCACGCGGGCAGCGCAGCUUUUUUCUUUGGUGAAAAACUGAAGGGGCAAGGGUGACGCCGCGGCCUCGGCCCUCCCUCGUGCUACGGAGUCGGGCCAGCCGCUGCGGGAUGAUGUGAUCCGCAGGCGGCGGCGACGCCGACGGUCUGACCCGUGCGCGCCCGCUGCUUGUUAGACGCGCGCGCGCGCGUUGCUCCUUAAGUUGUGGGCGCCGCGACCCGCUAAGACUAAGAGUAAAGACAGCAGUGACUGACGCCACGGCUCUUGCUGUCUUCUUCGGCGGUGGGCCUUCCGUGCGUAGCAUUUCUGCGCGCCCCCCUUUUUUUGAGUGGGUGAGGGCCACCGGCGGAACAUGUGGACGGAAGUGGAGCGCGGCGCGCUUCGUGUGCUGGUGUGGGUGUCUGUUCGGUAAAUAAGCUAAAAGGCCCCGGGGGUGUUGGCGUGUUGGCCUUUAAUAAAUGGCGCGCCUUGUUUGAUCGGAGACCUUGCUUCAGGUACCAGCUUGGCUCUUGGCUGGGGCAGUCCAGUACCCUGGCAAUUGUAUUAGUCUACCCUUUUUUGCCGAAGCCAGUAUGAUCCUUCGCGUUUGCCCCCGGGGCUGUCGGGCACUUCUGGCGCCUGAAACUAUCUCGUCGGAUACUGGGGCAGCUUAUGCUUUCUCUUAUGCGGCGACGCGGUGCGCCACUUAUCAACCACUGGGAGCACGGCUUCUACGUCGACAACAUCCCGAAGACCAACUUGACGAUAGAGCAAAUUCCGGACGCCGCAGAGUAGUGGCUGGAGUGCCGUGGCGGGUCGGGCGUGUCGUUUGCUUUGGUAUGUAUGUAGAGAAGCACGCCGGCGCUGGCCGCUGAUUCUCCUGCGCGCCGUGGAUGAAGUGGAGGAGCAUGGAGACGCUUCGCGCUUCCUCGCGCGGUUUGUUGGGGCAGACGCCUGGCGCAGCAGUUUGGCCGUUGCGGUCCACGGCAGUGAUUGCAGUCCCCUGCCAUCCUUGUCGGCGUUGGCAUUGCAUAGAUACCACGAGGAGGAGCGCAAUUCAGCAGAGCAGGGGCGGGGCGGGAUCUGGUGAAGACGCUAGACGCGUGGGCCUUCUUCGCUGAGGCAUUGAGCGGCGGAGUGGUGCGCGGGGGGACAAAUCUAGCAACCGCCUCACGGAGGUGAACUGCAGCGCUCAGCCAGCUGCCACACUUUCGCACGCGCUGCGUUGCGUGAUGAAGACAGCGGGGAGCUGGAUGGCAGGCGCGCGCUUAAAUGUCGCAAGCGUGCGGAGCACGCUAGAGGUGCGCGCGGCUGUGGCCGGGGGAUGGCUACGAUUUUGGUCGCCUCACUCUAUUGACGGAAGAAGCUCGAGGGGAGCGGCUCUUGAUAGUGCACGCCAGACAAGAAAAGACGGCCGCGCCUGUCAUGGUUUCUGGGAAAAGUGAAGAAGAACAGGGCAAAAGAAACCACUAGAACAAGGAGAGAACAAGAAAAGCAGGCGCAAAAAACUAGAAGAAGACCAAGAAGCAAGGGCGCCCCGCUCGAUGAUCUCGCGACGCAGCAAAGGGGCGCGCUUCUAGCGGAGGCCAUUCAUUGGCGCACUUCACUGGCGAAGCUAGUACUUAGCGCGGGCGUGUCUGAGGAAAUCAUUGCGCAAAGAGGGGGCGCGCGAACGCAGCGGAGGGGGCCGCAAAGGGAUAGCGUAGCGCGCCAGGUGCGUGGGGGUAGUGAUUGGCUGAGGUGCAGCCGCCCGGGGGCCCCCGCCCCGGAAAUCUGCGGCAGCGCCGGGCCGCAGGAGGGAAAGGCAGCUGAGUCAGACGCUGUGGGGGGCUUGCUGAAGAUGAAGAGAGCCCCUGGCGCUGUGUGCUAGCUUUGUUUUUUGUGUCUUUCUUCAUCGAUGGAUCUGCCGCCUCCGUGUUCUCGCUCGGGCACUGGGGACACCCCUGUCCACAAACCACCAAGGACAAGUAUUACCCACCAGAAGACCUUCGUGCACUAGCACUGGCUCACGUAAAUUAUCAAAAUUCCAGGGCAAAACUCUGGCGCUGCAUGGCUUCGGGCAAGUUGCUCGCAAUAUGCACAGACUUGCUAAGGGAUUUGAAAUGAAAGUCAUAGCCUACGACCCUUUUCUGAAAAAGGAAGACAUCGAAGCCACCGGCGCAGUGGCGGCAUCGUCGGUAUUGCGUACUUACUAGUUUUUAGUUUGCUGCCCGCGAAACUAUGUAUCAUGUAUGAAUAUAAUAUUGUCGUCGGUCUACUGUAACAUUGAAAAUAUGAGGUAGUUACGAGAAAAUCACCUAACGAGAACCACUACAUCAUCAUGAUAAUAAUAGCGACUUCUCUCUUCACACAGACUUCUCUCUUCACACAUCCUCAUCCAACACUUCUCCAACACUCGCUCGCGCUAUCAUAUAUUUGCGGCCUUGAUUAUUGUCGCCCAUCCUUUGGAAACUGUCGGGUCCGUGGCUAAUGGGGUCCGAGCAGUUUGGGCGAUAUUUUUCUGCCGGACUUUAUCACGCUGUACCUGUAGCAGGGAGGCUCCUCGCAAAUGUAUCAGAUUUGGGCGCUUCACGAUCUGAACCUGAAGCGCCCAAAUCUGAUACAUUCGGGCUCUGGGAUGUGGAUUUGGUUUGCGUGAUUGGUUGGCGAAGCUUGUGGUGUCCGUUUUCAGUAGUCUCUGGGCUUCAGUGGUCCUUGGGUUUGUUCGUGCGCAUAAAGGUGUGCACAUUAGGUCGCUUAUUGGUCUGCAUAUUAGGUCGCACUUUAGGUGUCAUAGAAUUAGGCCGCAUAUAAUGCGGCUUUUUUUAGGCUCAGCGUCAGUGACUAUGUUGAAAAGUUGAGCUUUAAACUUAACAAGCAGAACACAUCCAACACUUCUCCAACACUUCAACACAUGAUCAUCUCUCCAACUCCGACUCCAACUCCAACUCCAGCUCCACUAAAACAUGAAGGUCGCUGAGUUAUUUGAUGCAAAUUUUGUGAGCUUGCAUAUUCCUUGCACACCGGAAACUCGGGAAAGUAUUGGCAAGGAAUUCCUCCUCAAAAUGCCGAAGAAGGGUGUUUUGGUUAACACAGCACGUGCUGAGGUCAUCAACGAACCCGAAAUGGUCGAGGCAUUCAAAGAAAGUAUUCUCAUCUUGUAUUCUGAGGCCUUUUAUUCGUUCUCAUAUCAUUGCUAGUACUUGUACUUAUUCUACUAAUCUAUCAUGAUUUCUCUCCAGGUUCCGAUACUGCUCUCAAUUCAAAUAAAGAACAUUACCAAUACCUAUCCUGAUCCUCACUUCAGGUUCCGAUACUGCUCUCAAUCCAAAUAAAGAACAUUACCAAUACCUAUGCAUCUAAUUAAAGGACGUCCAAACACCUCUUGCUAGGCACAUUCAUUCAUUCAUUCAUUCAUUCAUUCAUUCACACCAACUACACAGGAUCCGACCUUGCUUACGUUACUGAUGUAAAGCCGGAGAAGUGUUUGGAUGAGCUGGCGCCUCGCACCUUUAUGACGAAGAAGAAGAUGGGCGCGCAAACCUCCGAGGCCAACAACAAUUAUGGCUUCUCGUCCUAAUUAUACAUCGGAUGAAGCAUCCUGGCGAGGCUUUUCAAAGUGAAAAGGGGUCCAGGAUGAUCCUGUUUAAGAUGAAGAUUUUCAUAUGUCAUAUGUCAACAUUCUGGCCUACUUCUUGUACUACACUCAUCAACUAGCUCUAAAAUAACGCGGGUAUUGCGGCUGCGCAACAGAUCGUUGCGUUCUUCGAGAAGGGUGACGUGCGCUUCCAGGUCAACAAACCUGGACAGACUUUUUAAACGUGAGCAUACUUGACGUGACGCCUCAGAGUUGUGUUUGAACAAUCUUUUACGAGAUAGGAAUACAUGAUUUUUUUACAACAUACUUCUAGUUCUAACUACUAUGAAUGUAUCUUCCUCUUGUCCUGCACGAACAAGGUGUGAGGUAGUUGUCGUUCUUGUUGACAGCUCUAGUAUCUUGUCGAGGACGCAGUUGAUGUUCAUGUUGUAGUUUCUACAACGUGAACACGUGUAAAAUUUGUCUAAUCAUCAAGAUCAGAACUAAGCUUCAUUGCCAGUAGCAGGCUCAUUCAUCUUGUCUCUAACUGAUUUAUUGUGGGCGUCUACACGCAACAGCCCAUUUCGAUAUCUGUUUUAGCGAAUAAGAUGUCAUAUGUCAACAUUCUGGCCUACUUCUUGUACUACACUCAUCAACUAGCUCUAAGUGUCCAUCUCAUUCUUUUUUUUCUUCUUGUCUCAUCUUGUUGAUACUAAAAACUAUGUUGAUACGCAAACGCAUGCGUAGUCGUUUUACUUGGGAACUUAAAUAUCAGGGAAUUCUUAACUUAGUUAGCAGGAGCAAAAACAGGAUUGAAGAUCCAAGGAGAUCACUAACAACAAAGAGGCUGGCCUCCUUGUAGUUGUGGGGCUUCGUCUAGUGCUCUGUGGUGAAUAGUCAACAUACUAGAUAAUUGAGAUGAAUUGGAGGACGAGUGGGCCAUCUGACAUGUCCCUCUACUUCCUCUAG